GGCACGUGAGGUCAUUGAACUUUUGAACUUUGAGCACUUGCUUCUGCAGGAAGAGUUGCUCAAGAAUCUUCUCUUCUCAAACUUCUUUAAGUGCCCAGCUGAACGUCUUUAAGUCUCACCAUGGCAGCAGCAAGUGCCGUGGCUCACAUAGUGCCUAAGCAGGAGGUGGUAGCGUUUGUUGAGCGGUGUAUGGGGUCAGUGGGAACACCGGCUGCCCACGCCACGGCUCUGGCCCAGGCCCUGAUGACAGCUGACUACAGAGGACACUUCAGUCACGGGCUCAACAGGCUAGACAUGUACGUUCAGGAUAUCCGGUCUGGUAUGACUGUGAAGGAUGGAGAGCCCACGGUGGUGAACGAGCGGGCUGGGACGGCGUUCGUGAACGGGAACAACCUCCUCGGGCCGGUGGUGUCAAAUUUCUGCAUGGACCUCGCCAUGAGGAAGGCAAAGGAUGCUGGGAUAGGAUGGGUUGUAGCUUGUGGAUCGAACCAUUACAGCAUUGCGGGGUACUACAGUCUGAAGGCUUGUGACCAAGGCUUGGUGGGCAUGUCAUUCACCAACACAUCCCCACUGGUGGUGCCAACAAGAGCCAGGAAGGCCACCCUGGGUACCAACCCCAUCUCUGUAGCAGCUCCAGGGAAGGCGGGAGACAGUUUUGUGCUGGACAUGGCGACCUCCACGUGUGCCCUUGGGAAGAUUGAGCUGCAUGACAGGAAAGAGCUGCCCAUCCCCACCAGCUGGGGAGUGGACUCUGCCGGCAGGGAAUCGACUGACCCAAAGCCUGUGUUGGAGGGCGGGGGUCUGAUGGCGCUGGGAGGGUCAGAGGUCACAGGAGGAUACAAGGGUUACGGGCUGGCCAUGAUGGUGGAACUGUUCUGUGGAAUCCUGAGCGGCGGGGCUUACGGGCCGAACGUACGCAAGUGGAAGACUAAUGACAGGGUCGCCAACCUGGGCCAGUGUUUUGUGGCCAUCGACCCAGAGGCCUUUGCUCCUGGGUUCCAGGAUCGAAUGCAGGACCUGAUGGACCAUUGUAGGAACUUGGAGCCGGCUGAAGGAGAGACGGAGGUGCUGGUAGCAGGAGACCCUGAGAGGAAACACAUGUCCAUGUGUGACGACCAGGGGGGUAUCCCAUAUCACGUCAACCAGUUCACUCACUUGCAAAACCUGGCUAAGCAGCUUGAGGUGGAGCCGCUGAAGGAGAAAAACUGAUCAGCUGAAAGACAGUGAAACAAUGCUGUGCAAUAAUUAUGGUCUACUCUACUCACAAGUUUUUAUAUCAGUCAUAAUUUCUUAUAUGCACAAAUCUUAACAAAAAUCCUCUAAUGAAUUGAGUUUCUAUUGAAACUGUGGAUAAUGUAUAAUUUGAAAUUUAUUAGUAAAUGGCAAACAGGUAUUUACUGGAUUGAACUGGAUUGAAACUGUUAAACAAUCAUGACUUAUAAUGUUUUGGGAUUUUAAGGAAAAUAUUUUAUGGAAUAAAACCUCAUCACAAAUGAAUUUAUUAC